GACUCCGCUGCCGCAAGAAGCGCCUCGAGCGGAGAGCGACGGAGCGCAGAUGUCUUCCGCCCGUGGCGCAAAUUUCAAAUAAUCUCCCGGAAAGAUAGUGACUCGAAUUUCAAAAUAGAUAAAAAUUGUCAUAUUUUAUCAGCACAGGCGUAACAACGUGCAGUGUUUCCCUGUCGAGAAUAUAUAUUUCUAUUCUUGGUCAACUCUGGAGGAAAACAAAGGUCGCCCUCGACGUGCGCCGCCGACAUCUCUUCAGGGAAACGGCAAAUGCCAUCGGCCAGUGGCGAGAGAAAUUCUCAUAUCUCUUGACACAGAAAUUAAAGGUGAUGCGAAGACCGCCAGAGGAUUAAAGAGCUAUUCCUUCCUGAAAGAGUUAGAGCAUGAGAAGACAGCAAAGUCAGUGACUCGGAAAGCUGGAGUGUCCCGCCGGAGCCGCGCAGGUCAUGCAAGCCUCCCCUUCGGCCCUCCCGCCAGCCCUCGUUUCAUCCACUCCUGGGAAUCCAUUGCCGUAUGAACCCAAAACCUUCAAAGCCCAGGCUUCACCUCCAGAGCCCAGCCUGAUUGCCAUAUUUCCCUACUGGGGCUACAUCCCCAGACUCCAGCUCAAUUGCCGUGGACUUACUCUCUGCACGGCAUAUGUGGCCUCGGCAGUUUAUUACUUGUAUCAGUAGUAUUGCUUCUUGGGGUCCUGUUCUGAACAUUAACAGACUGCUUAGAGAAAAGCCGUGGUCUCCACACUCUGCGCUCUGGUGCAAGUACACCUCCAUGAGGGAAGGCAUAUUUGGCAAGAUGUUAUUUGGGGAUGGAGUGCAGCAUGAAUAUGUAAAGAUGAGGAGAGGCAGGAGGAAAGCAGUAGUAGGAGGAACAGUGUCAGCAAUAACAAGAGAAAUAGAUAAACCUGGAAGAAGAACAAGAAGUCAGUCACUGAAGGAGAACCAGGAAAUUGAGAUUCUUCCAGUAGAUUCUGAAACAUGUGACAGAAGAUCUUCAUCAAAUAUACCCCGGAAGAAUGAAGCGAGUACAGCAUUCACUAGAGAAGGAUCACAUGAUUCUGCUAUCUCCUCAAACAGCUCAAAGUGGUCUGUUUCUAGCAGUAUCUCCAUAAUGAGCUGUGGAUCAACAAGAACUUUGUCCAAGAAAAAGGCAUCAAUUUUGAAUGUUGUGGAAGAGGAGCAUAGCAUCAGAGCAAAUGGGGAAAUAGGUGAUGCUACUCUCACCUGGGUGAACAACAUAUCUCCGGAGCGAAUCAGAUCAGCAAUGCCAGUUGUUCGAACUGGAACAGUGACAAAUGGCCAUAUUGUCAGACAGUCUGUUAGUCGCUCAAUCGAUGGCUCAGAGACUGAUAGUGGUUGUGACACAAAGAUGGCAGAUGAUGUUCUCUUCAGUCAUUAUGGAUUGGAAGUAUUAAUUCAUCUUAGUACAAUUUUAAUCAUAGCAUCCUCAGUAUCUACAGAAAUGUAUCUGAGAUCAGCCCCAAAAGAAGAAAGUACAUUAACUAACAAGAACCCAUUACUGUUGCAAGUAGUGGUCUACCUUAUCAUUGGAAUUAUAUCUGACCUGAUGUCACCUACAGCAGCUCUACUUUCAACUCAUUUAACUGCUGUAGGAAUAUCCCUGCUAAACUAUUUGAAACCAAGCCAUGUCUCGAUAUCAUACCUGCCUUUUUUAAACUCAGGAUAUUUAGGAUCUCAAAUGAUAGCAGCAUCCUUCAGACAGGGUUUUGGUCUGGAGGGCAUGCUGGCAAGGGUUGGACUGGUGUAUGGUUUAGCCAGUUUUGUAUGUCCCCAAAUCAUAGCCAUUGCCACUGAGUAUCUAGGGGUCACCCUUAACUACAUAGUAGUUGCCCUUGCCAGCCUCCUGAGUAUACCUGCAGGGCUUAGACUAUUGCCCAAUAGCUUCAGAGCUUGUAUCUACCAAAGACCUUCAUCGAGAACUGACGUUGGAUGGCUUCAUUUCCUUGGAUUUCUAUUAAUGAAAGUUUUCCUUACCAUUCCACUGGCCCUUCUGCUUCCUCUCUUUCAAGGAAUGAUUCAAGAGGGCAGUUUUAUUGAGGGAGUCAGCUUAUCCAUGAUAGUAACAGUGGGACUCCUGUGUAUACAAGCUUUGGUGACUCCUGUGCUUUUGUUCUUCACAUCUCCAGCAACUGUCACUAUCAUUGUGGCUGCCGUCCUUACACUGAUCUAUCUGGCAUUGGUAUGUGGCAAUUUGGUAUUUAUGAUUAUUGAAAUGUCCACAUUUAGUGGAAGUUGAUUAAAUACUUAGCAUAGAGUAGAAAAAUCCACUUUACAAUUUACAAUUAUAGUUAAGGUAUAUAAUUUUUAAGGGGUUACCAUAUGGAGAAAUCCUAGUAAUGGAUUCUCGACAUCC